GCUUGUGGAUGACCCGCUCGUGCCCGUCCGAUUGGACCUCGAGAUCGGAGAUCAACGGCUGCAGGACGCCUUCUGCUGGAACAGCAACGAGCCGGAUGGGGAGAUAGCAGCCUUUGCAGAGGGCCUCGUGAGGGACACGAAGCUUCCUACCUACUUCCUGCCGCACAUCACACAAGCCAUUCAGGCCCAGGUAGCUGAAUUUAGAUCGCUGCAUGCGCAGGACCGGGCAGCAGUGCUUGGAGCCAGUGAGGAGAACGUGCACCUGGUGAAGCUGGAUGUAUGCACUGCCACAUGUAUCAUUCGAGACCAAUUCUUGUGGGAUCUGCACAACCCGUACGCGGAUCCCGAGGCCUAUGCUGCCGGCCUCUGCUCUGAUCUCGGGAUUACCGAUGCCGACCCACAAGCACAGGUCUGGGUCGCAGUGACACUACGAGAACAACUACUCGAGCUCGCCCGCCAGAUGCUCGCUUCCAAAGAGCCGCGCUCCUCCAAGCGGCCAAGGAGGGAGCGCGGGGGGAACGCCGACCCAAAGGCCACAGCAGCAGCUGCCGCUCCCAACCCGCCUGUGGGCACCACGGCUCUGGCCUUCAUGCGGAGAGCAGACGGGCGCAUCAGUGUGAGAAGGCCUUGCAAGGACUGGCCUGCAUUUGAGCCCCAGGUGGAGCUCCUUCAGACACCCACUGGUGCAACCGCUGCGCGUAACGCUGUUGGUAACCCUACUGAUGCUGACGAGGCAGCCAUUGCUGCUCUAGUCGCUGGAGAUAUUGCUGCUGACGUGGCAACUCCAAUACAGGCGGAUGAGGACGCUGGUGAUGUGGCAGGUGCUGGUGUCUUUCCUGCUGAUGUGGAUCUUGACGCAGAUGACGACGGGGGUGCUGGCGAUGAUGCUGGGAACUAUGGUGCUGACGUGGCGGAUAGGGAUCUUAGAGACGAGGACAAAUAUCUUGGUGAUGAGUCGGAUGAUUUGGGGGGUGUAGGAGAGGAUGAAGUCUUGCUGUUUGUUGGCCUAACACCCCCGUUCGCAGCCAUGGCUCCCACAGCAGACGAUGACGCAGGUGAAGCUGCUGACGAGCCACCUAGUGACGCUCCAGCGAUGAGGGGCUUAGAUUUUCUCAGAGGGCUGCAUCAGAACCCUCCGCCCGUCAGCACUGCUGGCCCACCAUCGAGCACCGGCGAAAAACAUCCGCCUGCUCGUCCACCUGGUACAUCUGGCGGUGAGCCCGAGUGUGCUCCCGCCACCGUCAGCGUGACGGAGGUGGGCGAGUCUUCGUCUGCCGCCGCACGGAAAAAACGCCGAUUUGCGCAAACCGCGCUCCCGUUCGGCACGCCCCCUCCGAAGCCAACUCCUACACCGGCGCCCGACAAACCUCACUCGCGGGUGUCUCGUGUUCUCACCGAUGCCGAAAAGGCCGAGGCGAAGUUCGACAAGGCGCUGCAGCUGUACAUCACGCAGUGGCUACCCAAGUUUGAAUGGUUGCUGCUUGACAAGAACGAGGGCGGGUUGCCCGUCUUGCGAUGCAGCAUAUGUGUGGAGCACGGGAAAGACGACGCGAAAUUUGGUCGCAACGGGCCGGGGGGGCGGGAUCUUCAACCUGGCUCUAUGCGCUGUCACGAGCUGAGCGUUCGCCACGAUGAUGCGUUGAAGAAGCAGCGGACGCUUAUGGCAGAGAUUGAGACGCAGAAGCGGUUGGACGACUUUGCAAACGCCGACAAGGAGGGUGCGCGGCUGACUCGUCUCAUGCGGGCCGUAGACUUCAUCUGCACCCACGACGCGCCAAUCGCCAUGUUCCCUCAGCUCGUACAGUUCAUGGCCGAAGAGGGAGUUGAAGACAUUCCGUUGAAGUCAUACGGGGUCUACAUCUCACACUAA